AUGUAUUCUUUGGAAGCACCCUACGUCUCGCUCCAUGCUCCGUGGCCUGCAGCAGAAGAGCACCAGCCACAACCACAAGAUCUUACGGGGAUGGACAGGAUGUCUAUGGCCAUCCAGAGUAGAGAUCCCGAUAAGAAAUACAUUUGUGGUAUCGGAGCAAGAUUUGGCGUCGAAACCUCGGAUCGAACCUUCGAGCGUUACUCUACUAUUGGCGGCUUUUUAUUCAUCGAUGGUUCUGUGUAUGGAAUCACUUCAGCUCACGGCAUGAUGAGUGGUUUGGGUGAAAGUGGUCACAGCGCUUCCGAACACAACACGGAAUCCACUAGUAAUCUAUCAUCGGACACAGAAUCCAGCUGUGGAGCAAGCUCGGAUGAAGGAUCCGAAGUCUCUGAUGACAGUUCGUGUUCUGCUCGCGCACCACAAACGAUCGCCCAGACAGCAUCCGCCGUGGAAAAGAGAACUUUGGACAUACCAAAAGGACCAUGGUCAAAUCUACCUCUGCCUCAGAUACUGGCAUAUUUAAGUCGUGGAACGACUAAAGGGGAUUACUCCUUUCCUGAUCUGGCGCCACCAAUGUCGGACUUUGCUCUCGUGGAUACAGACUCUGUCGCGUGGCGAGCAAAUGAGUAUCUCGAUAUCAAUCGUGAUACUCUUGUAACGAUUUCAGACCAUAUCCUAACUCGCAAUCUUUCCAGUGGAGAUGUUUGGAUUUGCGGCAAUACACCUACAAACCACGGUGUACCUAUAGGAGGCUAUCUUCUAGAGGGCGACGCAUCGAUCAUUCUAAGAGGCACUAUCAUGCGGACAAGGAAAAUUCAAGUAGCACUCCAUGCCGCUUAUCCUUGUGGCUUGUCGGGUUCCUGGGUUGUUCGUGAAGGGAAGCUAUGCGGCAUCAUCUACGCAGCAUAUGACCGGAGUCCAUAUCUUCAUAUGAUUCCAGCUGAAGAGAUGUUUCAAAAUAUUGCUGAGUUCCUCAGAGCGUCGGUCGUGAGAGUAGCGACUACCAAGGAUAUCGAAGAUUCAUACAAAUCAGCAGAAAGUCAAGGAGAACAGACGAUAACAAGAGCAUUGGGACAGGAUAUUCCUGAACCCUCACAGAAGAUACUCAAGGAGUCUGGAGACCCUAAUUUCAUCAUCCUGGAGCAUCCGGACUGGAUGCGAACAUCCGCUUGGCAAGACAAGAUUCUUGGUGCCAUCACAUAUGACCCUCUAAGAUACUACGGAACAUACAUUUCCGAAGGACUAGCCGAGUAUAUCAGUCAUGAUCUGCAAGAAGGAUCUGUGACUGAUUUCGUUCUCAAUCGGGACUUUAGGCAUCCGUUGACAUCGAUUGGACAGUUCUUGGUAUCCGGUUCGAGAUUGGGCAAUCGCGUCGCUAGUGCCUUCCUCGAUGGGACGCUCAUUCGGUACAAGCGAAUUAGGCAGCUCGACGAAUACUGGGCUAAGCUUAGGGACGAUCCGAAGGUCAAACGAGCUAUAGAAGGCUCGGGCUCGAUCUGGAGUACGCAGCCCGCCUACCUCGUGGUUGGCAUCAUGAUAUGCGAGGACGUCGAGAUUAUUCCAAAUGCAGAGUUGGCUCAAGAGAGCAAGGCACAGGGUAAGAUACCAGUGGGCGAGAUUCUCCUUCCUUCUGGUGGAGUGAAUCUGCCAAGGAUGUAUUCAAAACUCGGAGCUGCGUCAUCGAGUCACACAGCCACGCUCUUCCAAGCUAAGAGCGGUGAGAGUAAAAUCUUUGCUGUCGAGCUGAAGAAGGUUACAACUCGUGUGCUGCACCGAAAGCUCCUGAGUUCGAAGGGGGAGCGGCCACUGAAUUUGGUCAACUUUGGUUUGACUAGCAUGAACUCAGACGAAGACAACGAUGAAAAGGCAUCUGGCGACCCAGACUUGAUAUUGGCUGAGUUAGAUGCAGAGACAGUACGAGAUAUGAUUGGUGAAAGAUAG